AUGAGGUCAAAAGGCUUGGCUUUGAUUAUCAUAUUAAUCAUCUCAGGAGAACUCCAUGCAGAAGAGAAGCCCUGUGGUUUUCCUAGUGUGGAGAAUGGAAGGAUUGCCCAAUAUUACUAUACGUUUGAAAGUUAUUACUUUCCAAUGAGCAUAAACCAAAAUCUGUCAUUUUCCUGCUUGGUCGGUUACACGACGGCAACUGGAAAGCGCGAGGCGCGGACCACGUGUACGGCGGCAGGCUGGUCUCCGGAGCCACAGUGCUUCAAAAAGUGCCCUAAGCCUGACCUGAAGAAUGGCUACAUCUUUGAUACAAAAUUAUCCUACAAAAUACAAGAGAACAUGCGCUAUCAUUGUGCAUCAGGAUACAAAACCAUCGCAGGGCAGGAUGAAGAAGUGGUUCAAUGCCUUGCUGAUGGGUGGUCUUCCCAGCCAACCUGUAGGAAGGAACAUGAAGCAUGUUUGGCCCCUGAAUUGCAUCAUGGAAAUUAUUUCACAGCACAGAAAACAUUCAAAGUGAAGGAAAAAGUUCGAUACGAGUGUGCCUCUGGGUACCACACAGCUUCUGGGAAGAGGACGGAGGAGGUGGAGUGUCGCCCGUAUGGAUGGGCUCUCACCCCACAAUGUACCAAAUUAAAAUGCUCUUCUUUGAGAGUAAUAGAAAAUGGUUAUUUUCAUCCUGUAAAGCAAACCUAUGAAGAAGGAGAUGUAGUUCAGUUUUUCUGUCAUAAAAAUUAUUAUCUAAGUGGCUCUGACUUAAUUCAGUGCUAUAACUUUGGUUGGUACCCAGAAUCUCCUGUCUGUGAAGGAAGAAGAAAUCGGUGUCCUCCUCCCCCUCUGCCUCUGAACUCCAAACUUCAAACGUACUCAGCCUCCUACCGUCACGGAGAAACAGUUCGUAUAGAAUGUGGACUUAACUUCGCCAUGCAGGGAGCAGAAGAGAUACGCUGUGAAAACGGGAAAUGGACGGAGCCUCCCAAAUGUGCUGAGGACAAGCAGAGGGCGACCUGUGAGGCCCCACCCUCGGUGGGGAACGGCUCAGCAAACCCAUCCUCCGAGGUUUAUCACAGCGGGGAUAAGGUGACAUACGUGUGUGAGAGGGGGUACCACCUCCGUGGACCAGGAGAAAUAACGUGCAACCGUGGGAAAUGGACCCUUCCCCCUGAGUGUGUUGAAAAUACUGAGAAUUGUAAUCCUCCACCUAAUGUAAUAAAUGGGGCUAUUAUUGGUGAAUUAUUGGCAAGCUACCCAACAGGAUCCUCUGUGGAAUAUAGAUGCAAUGAAUAUUACUUAUUGAGAGGAGCAAAAAUAUCACAUUGUGAACAAGGAAGAUGGUCAUCACCACCUGUUUGCUUAGAGCCGUGUACUGUUAACAUGGGUGACAUGCACAGAAAUAACGUGCAGAUGAAGUGGAGUUAUGAGGGAAAGAUCUUACAUGGAGAUUUAAUCGAUUUUGUAUGUAAGCAGGGAUAUGAGCUGUCUCCAUCAACCCCACCCUCUGAAUUAUCUGUGCAGUGUAAUAGAGGAGAAGUGAAAUAUCCUUCAUGUAUUAGAAAAGAAUCUAAAAGAAUGUGUGCCUCUCCCCCAGCUAUUAAAAAUGGAGUUAUUAAGAGUUCAACACUCAACACUUAUGAAAACGGUUCUUCAGUAGAAUACAUAUGUUUUGAGCAUCAUUUCCUUCAAGGGGCUAAGGAGUCCUAUUGUUUAGAGGGCGUGUGGACUACACCACCAUCGUGUUUGGAGCCUUGCACUUUAUCUUUUGAUACAAUGGAAAAUAAUAAUUUACUCCUGAAAUGGAAUUUUGACAAUAGACCAUAUAUUUUCCAUGGCGAGUAUGUUGAGUUUCUUUGUAAGAGAGAUACUUACAUAGCUGGGUUUCCGGGUCCUGUAUCUGAAUUCCGAGUACAGUGUGACAGAGGACAAUUUAAUUACCCAAGAUGUGUUCAAAGAGAAAGGAUGUUGUCUCAUCAAGAACCCCUCUCUCAGGAGGCAGGCAUGUUGCUUUUAAUUCAUGUCCUUCUAAUCUUAUGGAUUUCUACUGUGGGGGGACAAGUGAGACAUUGUGAUUUUCCAAACAUAAACCAUGGAAUUCUAUACAAUGAAAAGAAAUACAAGGCAUCUUUCCCAGUUUCUCCUGGGAAAAUUUUCUAUUAUUCCUGUGAAUAUAAUUUUAUGUCUCCUUCAAAAUUCUUUUGGACUCCCAUAACAUGCACAGAGGGAGGAUGGUCACCGACACCAAAAUGUCUCAGAGUGUGCUUCUUUCCUUUUGUGGAAAACGGUCAUUCUGCAUCUUCAGGACAAACACACCUAGAAGGCGACACUGUUCGAAUUACCUGCAAUAAGGGCUACAGCCUCCCGGAUAACCAGGGCAGCAUUACCUGUGCUGAAGCGGGCUGGUCCUCCCCUCCUGAAUGCAUCUCCACCAAAAUAGAAUGUCAUCUUCCAUUUUUAGAAGCAAACGUAGAUGCUCAUCCAAAGCAAGAAAAAUACAAAGUUGGAGAUGUGCUGAAAUUUUCCUGCAGACAAAGACUUAAAAGAGUUGGACCGGAUUCGGUUCAAUGCUAUCAAUUCGGAUGGUCACCUAAUUUUCCAACAUGCAAAGGGCAAGUGAGAUCAUGUGGUCAGCCUCCUCAACUGCCCAAUGGAAAAAUGAAACACAAAAAACAAGAAAAAUAUGAACACAAUGAAAUGGUGGAGUAUGAUUGCAACCCUAAUUUUGUAAUGAAGGGGCCUAAGAAAAUACAAUGUAUGGAUGGAGAAUGGACAACUUUGCCCACGUGUGUUGAACCGGGGAAAGCAUGUAGAUUUAUACCUCAGCUUGAGAAUGGCUAUAGCCAGCCCUCUGUCCCUCCCUAUCGACAUGGAGUUUCAGUGGUAUUAAGUUGCAGAAGUUCAUAUACAAUGAUUGGAAAUGCUACAAUUGCAUGUAUUGAUGGAAUAUGGACCGAGCUUCCUAAGUGUGUUGCAACAAACCAACUUAAGAGGUGUGAAAAACCAAGGUUCUAUGUAAGAGGACAGUUAAGUUCGUAUAUGUAUGAAUUUAAUCACAAUGCCAGAGUAAGUUACAAAUGUGCUGGGAAGAGUACAUACAUACAAACAGUCUGCAUCAACGGGAAGUGGGACCCUGAACUGGACUGCUUAGGAAAAAAGAAACAAUUGUGCCCACCUCCACCUCAGAUCCCUAAUGCUCAGAACAUGCGAACCACAGUGAAUUAUCAGGAAGGGGAAAAGGUCACUGUUCUCUGUAAAGAAAAUUAUGAAUUUCUGGAAGCAAAAGAACUUGUGUGCAAAAGUGGACAAUGGCAGUCAGUACCACAAUGUGUGGAGUUUGCACAAUAUUGUGGGCCCCCUCCACCUAUUGACAAUGGAGAUAUCACCUCCUCCCCCUUAUCAGCAUACUCUCCAGGGUCGGUGGUCCAGUACCGCUGCCAAUCUUUCUAUGAGCUCCGGGGAAACCUGACCGUGACGUGCAGAAAUGGACAGUGGUCAGAACCACCCACAUGCGUUGAUGCAUGUAUCAUAUCUGAAGAUAGAAUGAGCAAAAAUAACAUACAGUUAAAAUGGAGAACCCACCCAAUAAGAUAUGCUAAAACAGGGGACUUCAUUGAAUUUGAGUGUAAACGUUCACAUAAAGAGAAAACACCCGUACAAUCAUUUCGAGUCCUCUGUCAGGAAGGGAAAUUUGAAUAUCCCACUUGUGAAUGA